GUGCAUGCUUAUGCACGUGUUCCCUCUCGACUAAUUUUCCCAAUUAUAUAUACCUUAACCUUCCUUUACAUUGCUGUUGUAUCUGCACUACUGCUCAAUCCUUAAAGUUCUUAAUCUAGCUGUCUAUCAGUGGCUCUUAGAACUAUCCAAGGAUGGAGAACAAUCCCUUGCGCCAACAGGUUGCCAGAAUAAGGCAAUCGCUCUUCGAUGAGGGGCUUGUGGACAAGCAAUUUGUUCAGCUGGAGCAACUGGAGGACAGUAACAACCCCAACUUUGUUGAAGAGAUUGUUACUAUGUUUUUCCGGGACUCCACCAAGCUGUUUGCUACUGUGGAUGAGGCACUAAGCAAAACUCCCCUUGAUAUCAGAAAGCUGGAGAGGUUUGUUCAUCAGUUCAAAGGGAGCAGUGCCAGUAUUGGAGCCUGCAAGCUGAGGAUGGAGUGUGAUGAGCUUAGGGAGUAUUGCAAGCAACGAAAUGUUGAAGGAUGCAAGGCAAGUUUUGAGAGAAUGAAGGGACACCAUGAAGCUUUGAGGAACAAGCUUGAGGCCUAUUUUCAGAUGGCAAGACAAGCUGGUCCUUCUGAGACAGCUCAGAGGCCUGAGUAGAUUUUGAAUUCUACGUACCUAGCCAAUGUGCUGCAGCUUGUGUUCUUCCUGUGGUGGAUGUGCCUGCCUGCAGUGCCUCCCGCUUACCUGCAAUUUUCACUUCCUGCAUGAGAUGAGCCGCUCCUUUUUUUUUUUUGGUCUUGUGUGUGUGUAAAGUAGCUAAGCUAGGUAGCUAGCCUCCCAAUGUGCACUGUCACAUGUCAAUAAAGUAAUGUUCCCCCUAGCUUUCCUCAA